UACACUUCCCAUGAUCCUUAGAAAUCGGAGCUUGCGCAAUAUGUUUUCCACGGCCCUGGCUGAUGGUAGUGUAUGUUUGGUGUUGUUGUUUUCACAGUAAGAGGCAAAAGAAAGAAUUAACGAAGUUAAUAUUACCCUGAACCUUUCGCAUGAGGUUACUGGGUGAGCCCCUCCCUGCCAUGAGAGCUGACCACCAGGUCACCAGUCCCCCCUCCUUCUGCAGUUGAUGGAUCUGCAGCUGGUCCAGAGAUGACAGACAGCGUCAGGGCCUUCCUCCGCAAUGUUGCGACGGGGAUCAAGGACUCCAUAUUGGGGAUUGGAACAAUCUCCAAGCUGGAUGCCCGCAUCCAGCAGAAAAGGGAAGAGCAGCGGAGGAGAAGGGCCAGCGGGGCCCUGGCACAGAGACGGGCACAGAGUGAGGAGCGCAAACCAGACAAUGACCCCAAAGUAGCCAGCAGGAUCUUUCAGUGCUGUGCCUGGAAUGGAGGAGUGUUCUGGCUCAGUCUGUUUCUCUUCUACCGGGUGUUUAUCCCCCUGCUGCAGACUCUCACUGGAAAAAUCAUCGGUGACCCCUCCCUCCAUGGCAGUGUGUGGUCCUGGUUAGAGUUCAUCCUGACCUCCGUCUUCAGUGCUCUCUGGGUUCUCCCUCUGUUCGUCCUCAGCAAGAUAGUCAACGCCAUCUGGUUCCAGGAUAUAGCUGACCUAGCAUUUGAAGUGUCUGGAUGUAAAGCGCUGCCGUUCCCCAGUGUCAGCAAGAUCAUCGCAGACAUGCUCUUUAACCUUCUUCUCCAGGCACUCUUCCUCAUCCAGGGCAUGAUUGUUAGCCUCUUUCCUAUCGAUGCCAUUGGACAGAUGGUUAGCCUCCUCCACAUGUCUCUGCUCUACUCCCUGUACUGCUUUGAGUAUCGCUGGUUCAACCAUGGCAUUGAGAUGCACCAGCGGCUGUCCAAUAUCGAGAGGAACUGGCCCUAUUACUUCGGCUUUGGUUUGCCCAUGGCUCUGCUGACCGCCCUGCCCUCCUCAUACAUCAUCAGUGGCUGCUUGUUCUCCAUCCUCUUCCCUCUAUUCAUCAUCAGCGCUAAUGAGGCCAAGACACCAACAAAGCUGUACCACUUCCAGCUGCGUCUCUUCUCCCUGGUUGUGCUGAUCAGCAACAAGCUUUUCCACAAGACAGUCCACCUGCAGUCCUCCAUGACGUCGUCCACCUCCUCAGAGAGGCUGUCCUCCCCCCACACCUCCCCGACCCGCCACAGACCUCUUCCCACACAAUGAUGGAUCCACUUGAAGGAGAUAGGAAAGCAGUUGAUGAAGGGCUUCAUCAAUGUGAAAAAGUGAAUUUUCCAGAUGGAGUUCCUUUAUUGAAGAUGAUAUGUGGUUUAGGACAAAGGGUUUACAUGUUUUUAUCUAAUCUCUGUUACUUUGGUUCUUCUUGCAGAACCCACCAGACACAUUUUCAGUGUGACACAAAUCAACGGGCCUGUGCCUCACUCUCAAAACACAUUAUAUACUCUGCUCUUGACUUGUUUUCUUUUGUGAAUUUUUCUUUUCUUUUUUUUGUAAAAUGUGCCAUUUGAGUGAAUCUCCUUAAAAAUUAAUCGCAGCACAAGAAAUCAUUUAGUUUUAAUAUGUUUAAGAAAACUUGCGACGAAAGGAUUUUUUAACUGAAGGGGCUUGUUUGCAUUCAGAAGCAAAGCACAGUCUUGUUGUACGUACAGUACAUGUUUUCUUGAUGUUGCAAGUCAGAUUCCUUCCUCACAGAUUGAAUGCUUUGUUGCACAUGGAUGUUUUUCUGUCCUAGCAGUUCCAGAAAUAACCUUGUAGAAUAUACAAAUGUGUUCAAGAGCUGCUAUGAAAAAGGAUUGGUGACCUUAGUAAUGGAAACCAAAUAACAAAGUCACUCUUUUCACGUGUUGACUAAAGGUUAGUUUGGUGUGUCAUCCCACAUUAAAUCUCACUCCACUGUCUGAGAUGUACAUGUUGCAAAUCACAAAGUGACACCAGUUAAGGAAAAGCUGCUGUAGCGUUUUCAUUCUGUGUGAAUUUAGUAGGUGAUAGGUGACAUGACACUGCCAAACUGUUGCAUCUAUGUUUUGUUUAUUCACUACACUACAACCACUACAAUGCUAAUCUCUGUAAUAAAGGAAGGAGUCACAUAGUUAGUCUUUAUAUCUUAACAAAUGGGUGAUUGGUCCCUACAGAUCAUCAGAUGUUCAAUUUCUGUGCUGUGGAUAAUAUUAAUACAUCCCGAAUGUUCAACCAGAAGCCCACCACCAUGCCGCUACCCAGUCACCAACCUUUCUUUCACUCAUCAGAGCUCAUGGCCAUGGGGAGGGGCCAGAAUUUUGAAAUGGUGUGCAAUUAUUGUAAGAAGAGCAUAGUGUUUGUGCAGAAUGAUGUAUGUAAGUGAGGUUUUGUAAAAGUAAUACGUCUAAUUUCAAUAAAAUUGGUCAGUAUUCAAUA